AUGUCUCGACUUGAUUUGGAUGUUGAACGCGCUGUGAGGAAGGCGUGUUCGUACGAGGAAACUGCUCCUAAGCGAAAACACGUUCGUGCAUGUAUAGUUUAUACCUGGGAUCAGAAAUCAUCGAGAGCGAUCUUUAAUGCAUUUAAAGUUCAACCACUGGCCCAAGACGAAAUUUCGUUGUUCAAAGGUCUGAUAACAAUUCAUAAGAUAUUGCAGGAAGGGCAUCCCUCAGCUAUCGUUGAGGGAAUAAAAAAUCGCGACUGGAUUGAAAGUUUAGGCCGUAUUUAUGAUGACCAUGGUGGGAAUGUAUACGGGCGACUUAUUGCUCAAUAUGUUGAGUUUUUGUUACAGAAGCUUAAUUUUCAUCGUAUUCACAGAGGGUUCAAUGGUACCUUUGAGUAUGAAGAGUAUAUGUCAUUGGUUGUUACUUCAAAUCCUGACGAAGGUUACGAGUCUAUAUUAGACCUUAUGGACCUUCAAGAUAGCUUAGACCUAUUUGGUAGAAUCGUGUUUGCCAGUAUUUCGAGUGGCCGAAGGAACGAGUGUAAAAUAUCAGCGUUGGUCCCGUUGGUCUCUGAAUCUUAUGGGAUCUACAAAUUCGUAAUGUCGAUGAUAAGAGCCAUGCAUAGCCAGACUGGGGAGGGCGAUGCUUUGGAGCCGCUGUAUACUAGGUUUUGUGAGCAGCACGCAAGACUGUUUGAGUUUUACGCUGACUGUUCUUCCAUGAAAUAUCUCACUGGAUUGAUUAGGAUACCUAAACUUCCUAGUUCUCCACCUGCAAUUGAAGCGGGUGAUGAGGAAAUUAAAUUGAGUAGGCCAGCAACGAGGCUUUCAAAUCUUGGCAGUGAGAGCAGUCGGGGCGGUUCUAGAGUCGAUGUUAAUACUUCUAGACAAGGAAGUCAAGUAGGACUCUCUAACAAUGGAGCUGUCGGACUUGCUAGUACCCCACAAAUUACUGGGCAGUAUGGUAGCUUCAUUGCUGACAAUAGUGGAAUUCAAGGCCAGCUUCAAUUCGAAAGGCAGAAGAAUGAAGAGUUGAAGCGUCAAGAAGAGAUGAUAAACGCUCAGCAGCUGCAACAGCAGAGCGAGCUGGAGGAACGGAAACGCGCGUUUGAACAGGAAACACAAAGACAGUAUCUUUUACAACAACAGGAGGCUCAACUGGUUGCCGAGAGGCAGCAGCAAUUAGCAUAUCAAGAAAGAGAGCAGGCAAUAUUUGAUCAAAGAAUGAGAGAAGAGCAACAAUUGCAGUAUGAAAGAGUUGCUCAAAAUGCCCAGUUUCAUAAUGAUUUGAAUGCGUUAAGGGAGCAACACGAUCGUGAUCAAGCGAUGCUACAACAGUACGAUGGUAGGGUUGCAGCGUUGGAGAAAGAAUUAGAAAAUUUAAACUUGAAUUUUGAUAACCAGUAUCGAAAUCACGAAGAACAGGUGAGGUCGUUAGAUAAAGGAAAAGAGAAGUAUGAACAUUUGGCUAGUCUGUACUCUCAGUUAAGACAGGAGCAUCUAGCAGUGUUAAAGAAAUUGAAGUUGUCACAACAGAAAGAGAGCAGUGCUAGAGAAGAAGUAGCGGGGCUAAGAGGUGCAGAUGCGGGGGAU